UCGUCCGCUGUGCACUCGGCUCCGCUUUCGGCACAAACCGGGGACUUUUUAACUCUUCGCUCAGUUUCGCUGGCCUCUGUGUGUUUUGGUGACCGCGCAUCGCCCAGAUGGAAGACUACCACAAGCCAGACCAGCAGACGCUGCAGACGCUCAGGAACAUCGCCACCCGGCUCCGGGUCAACUCCGUCAAAGCGACCACUGCGGCGGGCAGCGGCCACCCGACAUCAUGCUGCAGUGCUGCAGAGAUCAUGUCAGUGCUGUUCUUUCAUACCAUGAAGUACCGACCUGAGGAUCCCCGAAACCCCAACAAUGACCGUUUCAUCCUCUCUAAGGGUCAUGCGGCUCCUGUGCUGUAUGCUGUGUGGGCGGAGACGGGAUACCUGAAGGAGAACGAGCUCCUCAACCUCCGAAAGGUGGACUCCAUCCUGGAGGGACACCCUGUGCCGAAGCAGCAGUUUGUGGAUGUGGCAACUGGAUCCCUGGGCCAGGGACUGGGAGCAGCCUGUGGAAUGGCCUAUACUGGAAAGUACUUUGACAAGGCCAGCUACCGUGUUUACUGCCUGCUGGGAGAUGGAGAGCUCUCUGAGGGCUCGGUGUGGGAAGCCAUGGCUUUUGCCUCUUACUACCAGCUGGACAACUUGGUAGCCAUCUUGGACAUCAACCGGCUGGGUCAGAGUGACGCAACACCCCUCCAGCACCAUGUGGAGAAGUACCAGCGACGCUGUGAGGCCUUUGGCUGGCAUGCCAUCAUUGUGGACGGCCACAGUGUAGAGGAGCUGUGUAAGGUCCUCAGCCAGCCCCGCCACCAGCCCCUCGCCGUCAUUGCCAAGACUAUCAAGGGCAAGGGCAUCCCAGCUGCUGAGGAUAAGAUGGGCUGGCAUGGUAAGCCUCUGCCUAAAGACAUGGCCGACAGUGUGGUGAAGGAACUACAGAGCCGCAUUGCCUCCAGCAGCAAGCGUCUCUACCCAGCCCCACCCACUGAGGACGCACCACCUGUCAGCAUCCGCAAUAUUCGCAUGCCAAGCGCACCCAGCUACAAACUGGGAGAGAAGAUUGCAACAAGGAAGGCAUAUGGCAUGGCGCUGGCCAAGCUGGGUCGCUACAAUGAGCAUGUGGUGGCUCUGGACGGAGACACCAAGAAUUCCACCUUCGCUGAACUCUUUAAGAAUGAACAUCCCAACCGCUACGUGGAGUGCUACAUUGCGGAGCAGAACAUGGUGAGCGUAGCGAUCGGCUGUGCCGCACGGGACCGUAACGUGGUGUUCGCCAGCACCUUUGCCACCUUCUUCACCCGCGCUUACGACCAACUCCGCAUGGCUGCCAUCUCUGAGAGCAACAUCAACCUCUGCGGCUCCCACUGUGGCGUUUCUAUUGGUGAAGAUGGGCCUUCUCAGAUGGGUCUGGAGGACUUGGCCCUGUUCAGAGCGAUCCCCACUGCGACAGUGUUUUACCCAAGUGACGGGGUUUCCACUGAGAAGGCUGUGGAGCUGGCCGCCAACACAAAGGGUUUGUGUUUCAUCCGAACUACCCGCCCAGAGAACAGCAUCCUCUACAACAGCAAUGAGGACUUCCAUGUUGGGCAGGCUAAGGUUGUGUAUAAGACCAACGAUGAUCAUGUGACUGUAAUCGGAGCGGGUGUGACCCUGCACGAGGCUCUUGCCGCCGCUGAGCAGCUAAAGAAAGAGCGAAUCAACAUCCGUGUGAUCGACCCAUUCACCAUUAAGCCCCUGGACUCCAAAACCAUCAUUGAGAACGCAAAGGCCACCAGGGGACGCAUCAUCACGGUGGAGGAUCACUACUAUGAAGGUGGGCUGGGUGAGGCGGUGUGCUCGGCUGUGGUAAACGAAACCGGUUUCACUGUCCACCGCCUGGCUGUGUCUCAGGUGCCCCGCAGUGGCAAACCUCACGAACUGCUCCGAAUCUUCGGCAUCGACCGCGACGCCAUCAGCCAGGCCGUCCGCAAGGUGCUCAGCAGCUCAGCCAAUGCCAAGUAAGUACAACGUGACGGGUGUCGACGGCGGCAGCACCAACGUGGCUAACAGACACCGUGGCACCAGCGCCCGCCGGUCACCACAGCGAGAUGACAGAGGAACAAACAAAUGAACAAACACACCCCGGGAAGGGAAUCACCUCUGGCCCACACACGCAUUGGCGUCCCUUUCAUCAAGAAAAAUAAAGUAUUGGAUUUUUUUGUUUUUGUUUCAGGGGGAAUAGAAAAUAAAAACAAAGUGGUAUUUCCAUUUAGAUGUCAUUGAUGUGGUUAUUUGAAACCCCCAACCUACCCCACCCUAGACACACACACACACACAAACACACACCUUUGUCAGUUCGAUGAAGCCCUCUUCCCCACACACACCUUUGUGAGUUUGAUGAAGCCCUCUUCCCCACACAAACACACACACAUACUCCUGCACCAACACUCGUAUCCCCCCCCCCACCGCUUUUACCUCUGACAGAAGGUCCUGGUAUUGUGAAAAAAAAACAGUGAGCGUAUAAUGUUGUUUGGGGUCAAGUGAAGUUGUUUUGAUGUUGUUUUGGUUGUUGGACAGGGGGGAUUGGCUUUUCACAUUUUCGCGGCAGCGUGUAGCACGUCUGCACAGAGUACUUACUUUGUAUCUCCAGACUCAUUUUAGUGAGCCGGGUGUGGGAAAACUCCGGUUUUUGGUCUGUUUGAACACUGACUGUUUUUAACCCUUUUGACUUCAAAUUGGAUGAGACCACUUCACACCA